GUUUCCAUGCGUUUGGAUACUCUGGACCUGCAGAACAGGACACUAAAGAUUCGACUAGUUCAGCCUGUGCUCUUAACGAAUUCCACUCAAGCACCUUACAAUAGCGCAGCAUUCACUUUAGUUGCCGGUGUUUAUAAACUAAACGCAACAACACUUCUGAGUUUGUUCAAACAAUGGCUGACAACAACAAAAAAUCUGGGAGUUUACGACCAUGCCAUGUUCAUCACAGUCCCCACAAAUGUCCCGGUAGAUACUCGAUUCUCAGGUCUUGCAUAUGUUGGGUCUUUCUGUCACGGCAAUGGGGAAAGCUCUUCCAUCAUUGAAGACAGGGGAGCCUAUCAAAGUGAAGGAGUUGUAGCCCAUGAGCUGGCUCACAGCUUUGGAUCUCAUCAUGAUGGUGAGAACAAUGCUUGUAGUUCUUCUGCCCGUUACAUCAUGUCUGACAGUUCCUACCCGGAGACUUACGCCAACAUCUACAACCCCUGGAUUUUCUCCUCCUGUUCUUCUGAGAGUAUCUUGAACUAUCUGAAGACUUUGGAGCAGAAUGAAACAUUGCUUCAGAAAUGCCUGAUAAGUGCAAGUGGAUCGAUUGAAACAGAUGAGUCACACACGGUGUCUGCAAAUGACCAGUGCAAACUGUUUUAUGGCAACGAGUCUUUUGUUUGUAGGGUGAGUUUGCCUUCACUAGAUAGAAUUUGUGACGAAUUUUACUGUCGCAAACCUGGCACAGAUUUGUGUGAGCGCAUGACUGCAGCCACGGGUACUUGCUGCGGAAACCUAAAGAAAUGCCUGAGGGGUCUCUGUGUGGAUGCUGCCCAAGGAGAGUGCCCAGUUACUGGUAGGUUUAAUCAUGUGUGCCGCCACCAAGAAAGAACUCUUGAGGGGUGGAGGGGGAUGCUUAGAGGGCGAGUGGGUGUGGGGUCUAAGAGGAGGGGGUGGGGGGUAGCUCACCACCACCAUCCCCAUAAUUAUACCUUUUUUUAA